GGCACAUGGGGAAGGCUGGGGGCACACUGGAAGCUCUGGGAAGGGGCGGACAGCCACUCGAGACCCACCUCUGCUUCCAACCACCUUAACUCUGCCAGCAGGAAGAAUGGCACCACCUGUGGUCCAGCUCCUGUUCCUCCAGCUUGUUCUAGGGCCAGCUUUGGUCGAAAACAUCCAGCUACAGCUUGCCAUCAAGAACUUCCGUACCUUACAUAUCGACUAUCCCAAGGUUAACUACGCAAAGGGUUUCCGGGGCUACUGUAAUGGUCUGAUGUCCUAUGUACGGGGCAGACAACAAAGCUGGUAUUGCCCAAAGAUCCAUUAUGUCUUACAUGCCCCGUGGACAGUCAUCAAGAAGUUCUGCAAGUACAGUGAGAGCUUCUGUGAGAAUUACAAUGAAUAUUGUACAGUCACCCAGGACUCCUUCCCCCUCACAAUCUGCUCCCUGAGCUCCAAGCAGCCACCCACCAGCUGCCACUACACCAGCACCCUAACCAACCAAAGGCUGUAUCUGCUCUGCUCCCAAAAGUAUGAUGCUGAACCGAUAGAUAUCAUUGGCCUCUACUAGGGAUGGGAGGUGUUAAGUCUGAACCAGCCCCCCUACUGCUGCUACGGACCAGCCUGUCCCCACUCCUGAAGCUCUGAUCCCUGGUACAAGGCUUCCUUCCUGGCUUCAAAGGUAGGCAGGAUCCCCUCCCAAGAGACCAGGGAGAUAGGAAAUAUGUCCAGAGCUUUGGUCACCAUGCAAAGUUGUACUGUCUUCUAGGCUCUUUCUAACUUGUUUAUCUCCCCCCAUCACUCCUGCCACAUCCUCCCUCUCCCACAGACAGUUUCGCCCACCCAAGAAGCUGACUGUGUCCAGUUGGUAGUGACUGUUCAUCUACUGGGCCAGAUCCUGUAUCGUGGCUGGAGGCCCAGAGCCUCAGCUCACACCAUGGUACCAGUUCCGAGUCUCAAAUCCCCAUCCCUGCCACCCUUCCCUUCUCAGUCUUCCCCAUUUCCCUUAUGAUUCCCUCUACUCACUCACCCACAUGGUAGGUAUCUCUAGCUAUAGGGACCUCCCUGAGAGUCUUAGACUCAUAGUAGCUUCAUUUCUCCAGGCCACGCCCCCUCUCCCAAGCUCUCAGUCUGCUCCUCUCUAUGGAAUCACUGAUUUCCUCUUCAUGUAACCUGUCCUUUCCAUCCUCCUUCCACCAUGGAGCCCAGUGCAGUUUCUCCCCUACACACCCAACCUCUUUAGUCACCCUUUAUUCUUCUCUGACCUCUUUUCCUUCCAUCCGUCUCAGCUUGGCUCACUGGAGUUCCAAGUUAUCUUCUCUGACCUAUUCCCCCCAGAUUCCUGCAUCCUUUUACUUCCCAACCUCCUCCUAACAUCCCCCAAACUCCAGAAUCUGCCUCUGACAAGGAAGGGGUGAAGUGGGCUCAGCUGUAGUCACAGAAGGUUUUAAAACCAUAUCUGAAUUAUGUAAGAUAUAACCAUUGGAUGAAACUGGGUGAAGGGUACA